UGCAAGGCCAUCAACUUCAGGCCGAGAGAAGAAAGCCAUUGUCGGAGGAAAUUCCCCGACAGCCACUCGCACGGGCUGCACGGCUGUCGGCGCGGCACCCGUUGCCGCCAUCGAUUAGCUCAGAGCUUUUCGGUGCCCGGCUACCUCUCUACCUAGCUAGACCUAUACAUAUAGCGGAGGAGCAGAGGCGGGAGAGAGUAUAGUGGAGAGGAGAGUGAGAGCUGGUGGUAGGGGAGAUCCCGAAUUCUCGAUCGAUAUGGCGGAGGGGAAGAAGGCGAGGAGGGAGGAGGAGCUCGUGGAGGCGGCGCUGGCCGCGGCGGCGGCGGCGCUGUUCGUGUCGGGCGUCAAGAAGCUGGUGCCGGCCGUGCUCGUGGCGCGGUGGUGGCCCGCGGCGAUGCUCGCCACGGCGCCGUCGCCCGUCCUGUUCCUGCUUCUCAACGUCAUCAUCGCCUCCAUCGUCGUCGUGUCCGUGCAGCCGAGGCGUGCGGCGGCGGCGUCGGCGACGGCCGCCGCCGCCGCCGAGCACGACGCCGCAAAACGGUGCGGGGAGGGCGCCAAGAAGGUGAAGAGGAGGAGGAGCAAGAGGCGGGAGGAGAGCGCCGAGGGGAGCACGUUGACGACGCUGGCGGCGGUGGUGCCCGUCGCUGCCGCUGACAGCUGCUGCAUGGCGCUGGCGGUGGUGGACGACGGGGCGGAUCAGACGCUGCCGCCGACGACGUCGACGGCGCCGGAGACGCAGCAGGAGGAAGCGGACGGGAAUGCGGCGGCGGAGGAGGUGAACAAGCGGGCGGAGGAGUUCAUCUCGGCGUUCCGGCGCCACCUCAGGGUUGACUCCUUCUCGUCGGGAAGCCGGCGAGCCGGCGGCGCCAGAAUCGAAGCCUGCUUUUGACUGGAAGUUGCAUUGCACCGAGCAAAGUGUGCUUCUUGUUUCUGCACAUUUUUCUUUCAGUCUCUUGCUGCUUUUUUUUUAUUAUUAUUAUUUUUACCUUUGGAAGCUGAGAUGUAGUUACUCUACUCUUUUGACAUCAGUUUGAUGAAAACUAGCUUGCUUGGAACUAGAUGGAAUCAGGUUCACAAUUCCGACGAAAA